AUGGCUAGUUAUCAGAAAUCUGAAGAGGAGUCUGCUGAGACAGCUAUGGAAGUACACUCAGAAAUUAAACUUGAAGUGAAUGAAACUGAAAAGGAGGAAUUUGAAGUUACAUUUGAUUCUAUUGAUGAUAUAGAUCCAGAAAAUGUCAGUCUCCGAAUGAGUACGUGGAGAAAAUAUUACAUUUCAUUGUUGAUUACGUUUACGGCCAUGGUUAUUACCAUGAUUUCUUCAUGCUGGACGUUCGUAUCGCCGCAUAUUAUGGCCAAAUAUGGGAUUUCUCACGAAGUCAGUGUGCUCGGUAUAACGUUGUAUGUCUUUGGACUGGCAUGUGGUCCGCUGUUUUUGUCGCCUAUCAGUGAGUUAUAUGGUCGUAGAAUUACUUUUAUCUUUUCUCUGGUUUUGAGUAUGAUAUUUCAAUGUUUGACUACAUGGUCUGCGACAAUUGAAGGUGUCAUGUUUGGCAGAUUUCUAAGUGGCUUUUUUGGUUCCAGUUUCCUAAGUGUUGCUGGUGGGACUAUCAGUGAUCUCUUUGACAAGAAUCAAAUCACUGUUCCAAUGACUUUUUUCACUACAGCAGGUUUAUUGGGACCUUCACUGGGUCCAUUGAUUUCCGGUGCAAUGUACACUGUAGAAUAUCGCUGGACUUUUGUAUUAUUUCUAAUUUCUUCUGGUGUAUGUUUUGUUUUGAUUAUUCUAACCGUGCCAGAGACAUAUCAACCGUCUUUAUUGAUUGCCAAAGCCAAGAGAUUAAGAAAUAGUACAGGCGAGGAUAGAUAUUACGCACCAUUGGAGAUUACUCGUAAGGAAACAAAUUUACUCUCUGCAAUGUUUCUCACCUGCAGAAGACCAUUUGGACUAUUGUUUCGCGAUCCAAUGAUGGGUGUUCUCUGUUUCUAUACGGGGGUCGAAUUAGCCAUUGUUUAUCUGUUUUUUGUUGCAUUCCCAUACACUUUCAAGACACUCUACAAAUUUGGUGUGAUGGAACAAGCUUGUGCGUACAUUGGUUUGAUGUGCGGUAUGUUAUUUGCAGCACCCACAGCAGUUCUUUUUCAGAAGAGAUUUGAAAAGAGAGUAGCCAACAACGGUGGUGUAAGUGUACCUGAAAUGAGAUUUGAACCAUUGUUCUACGGUGCAUUUUUAACCCCAAUCGGACUAAUGAUCUUUUCGUGGACAUGUUACUCUAACGUACAUUGGAUAGGUCCAAUUAUUGGUAGUGCAGUUUUCAGUUUUGGACUGUUGUACGUGUUUGUAGGAAUCUUCAACUACACCGUAGACGCAUACAAGAAAUACGCAGCCUCCGGUCUGGCAUGUAACACUUUUGUCAGAUGCAUCAUGGCCGGUGUCUUCCCACUAUUUGGUCUGCAAAUGUAUGAGGGCAUGGGUAUAAACUGGGCUAGUUUCCUACUGACAAUGAUCACUGUCCUUAUGAUCCCAGUUCCAUUCAUCUUCACCAAAUAUGGUGCUUCUCUAAGGGCCAAAUCUCCAUAUGCAUGGACAGACUAA